AUGUUGCAGCAACAAGCAACCCUGGGCGAGGAGGGUCUGGUCUGGCACCGGGAUACAGAUGUCCAUUGUCUCGCCCUGUCCCCUUUUUGGUAUAACCAUUUUUUCCUCACGACUGUGCACCAUUUGGGCAGUCUCCCGCAACGGCCCAAGGCAAGGGGGGUAGUGCAUGGGCCGACUACCGAACAAGGUCCGCCAGGGGUAUCGGUAGGGGUAAGGAUCCUAUGCGAACUCACCCAGGCCCCUUGCUUUGGUAAUCUUGGGCGGAAGCUAAAGGCAACCGACGAACCACCGAGACAAAGAAGCGAGAGCCAGGGAUGA